AUGCCCGGCCUCAGUCACCCAUGGAGUGCACUGAAGGAGCAUAAUGACAUACCGCUCGACCAGACGAUCCUCUAUCUUGCGCUGCAAGACCUCUCUGCGCGGCUUCUGCGACACUUUGGGAAGCGCGUGCGCCUCAUUGUGCAUGGCGGCGCCGUCAUGGUGCUCCACCCUAACCUCCGGAGCAGGAAGCACACGCCAGACGUCGACUACAACCACCGCUCGUUCGUAGCGGAGUGGCAGAUGCGCGGAGUCGCAGACGCCGGCACUCAGCUCCAGGCGUGCAUCUGGAAGACCGCGUUCAAGUUCGGUCUCGGUGCGGACUGGAUGAACGCGCACGCCGACGUGGCGCUCCCCUUGGCGAGAGACGUGAAUGGGAAGCUGUACGACCCCGUCUGGGCAGACGCGAUGACGCCCAUGAACCGCCGGCUCAACACCAUCUUCUCCUCGCCGGGACUGGUGCUCGUGGCUGUCAGCUGGCCGUGGGCCGUCGCGCUCAAGCUCGUGCGCUUCCAGAAGCACGACCCCGAGGACAUUGCGAACAUCCUUCGCCUCGGCCGGUCUCAGCGAGGAACGGUGUGGACGCGCCACGUCCUGGAGACCUGGCUCGUGCGCAGCUGCGGCGCCAUGGGCUACCAUGCGUAUGCACCCUGGCGCAUAGACGCGACGCGGCAAAAUAUGCGCUGCGCGAUCCGCCUCGCUGAGAUGCUCUCUCCGUGA